AGGGGAAUGCGUGGGCCGCCCCCGUCACAUGGCUGCGCAAGGAAGGUAUAUAUGGUGGGAUUCUUCCCCCUUGGAAAGGAUGGAUUUGUUUUUUUCUCAACAAGAGUUAUUGGGGCUACACAAGGAGAAAAGGGUUCGUUAAGCCACCAGGAGACAUAAAUACGAUACCCAGAAGGAGAUUAAUACCCCAUUAAGCGACAGAAAAAAAAAUUGAUUACAACUCAAAAACAGCUACCCCAUUUCCAAAAUGAUGUUCAAAUUCUUUAGAUUCAUAUUGAUCUUAUUGUCAAUAGCAACAUGUAUCCUUGCUGCACUUGCCUUGGUCGGGUCUUACCAGGACCAGACUUGGUUAACUAAGGCAUAUCUUAUUAACUUCCAACCUACACAGCUUAAGUUGGGACAAUUGUUCCAAGCAAAUGAUUUUAAAAAAAGAGACAAUGGUCUUUAUAUGGGCAAUUGUUACUAUGGAAAUAGUGGAGCAUAUGGUGAGAAUCUUAAAUCAUGUUCUACUCCCACUACCGCACAAGCCACUGCUGCUGACACACCGGUCGCAGCUAAUCCAGAUGCCGCUACCAAUGCUGCCACUGGUGUUGCUGUAGCUGCAACUACAAAUGCUAUUCCUACCGGAUAUACUACCACUGCUGGAGCAAAUACAUACACUUCUGCUACAAACACCAUAAACCUGGGUUCUUCUUCUAGUUCUGCAAUCCCAAGUAAUUUAGGAAACGUUGGACAGAUUGUACAAAGAUUUUCCUCCUCUCUGACUUACAAAGACUUGGGAUUGGCAGAUGUAUACUCCAUUUCUCUUUGGGGGUACUGUAGAGGAACUAUUGGUAACCAGGAGUCCAUUGGUCAGACUUAUGACAACUCUAAUGUUACCUACACCAACUGUACCAAGGCCAAGCCAGCAUUUUUCUUUGAUCCAUUGACCGUCCUCAAGCAGGAACUCAAUAACACCAUUGAUGAUCCAAAGACGGAUGUUAACAAAAAGGCAGCGUUAACAGCAAUUAGAGAUAAUGUUUCUUACGAAAAUUUGAACUUACCAGGUGAUUUGGAGAAAAACCUCAAGAGUAUGCAGAGUUCAACAAAGGCAUUAUUUGCCAUUCUUGUUGCUGUGGUGGUUCUUUCUUUUAUCUCCAUCAUCAUUCAACUUCUUGGUUGUGUUCUUUCACCAGAUCAUUGUUGUCUUUCCUUCCUCAACUUUCUUUUCCAAUGUCUUAUUUUCGUUUUAGCAGUGGUUGCAUCUGGUCUUAGUACUGGGUUAUACCUCUAUGUUAGAAGCCAAGUUAAUGACAAUGUUAAAGAUUAUGGGGUCAAAUCUUUCCUUUCUAUAUCUUUCUAUGCGUACACUUGGUCUUCUGCAGCUGCUGCUUGGCUCGUGAUUAUUUUCUCACUUUUGGGACAUUGUUGUGGUCUUUUCGCCACCAACAGACAUAGAUUCAGAACUGUUCAUCACCAUGAAGAAUCUUCUUCCUCGGAUGAUGAAAAGCUUGAACAUGAACAUGAAGAUGAGCAUCAUCAUUAACAUCUCAUUCAUCUGAGUCUCACUAGAAUCAUCUUCAUCAUCAUCAGAACACCAACUCCAUGCAUACUUACAACACACAAUAUUCACUUCUACAAUGUGUUCUUUAAUUUUCAAUUCUUUAGCGAUAUUUAUCA